AUGCAAUGCAUGACUGAAGAUUAUGAUAAAAUACCACUUAAUCAGUCAAGCUUAAAAACUCGUGCUUAUCAUCGUUUGAAUGAUGAUGUUCCUCACAAAACCAAACUAACUCGUUUAAGAGAAAUCUGUGACACAUUUCGACCUCUCGCCUUGGAACUCAACAAACAAAAAAUAGGAACGGAACAAUUAGUCUUGGUAGAAGGAUUCAGCAAGAAAUCUCAUUCUUAUUUCUUUGGUAGAAAUGAUGGUAAUAUUAAAGUGAUAUUUCCAAGAACAUCUGUUCCAGAUGAACUACAUCAGAAUCAAUUAACACCAAUUUCAGCUGGAAAUUAUGUAGUAGUAAAGAUUGUAAAUUGUUCUUCGCAAGUUUUACAUGGAGUUCCUCUGUAUGAAACAAAUAUUGAACAUUAUUAUAAUAAGAAAGUGAAACAAAAGGAAUCAAGUUGCUUAUUAUCUCAGACAUUUUUAUCAAGAUAGAAAGUGUGUAAUAAAGAGAAUAUGAUGAAGAUAGCAUCUGAAAGUCUCCAAAUCCUCUGUCAGAUCAGUGACAAUAAAAAGAGUUUCGUGCAAAAUGGCAUUUUAGAUAGUAAUCUGUCCCCAGGCCAUUUUCUAUUUAGACGACUGCCACGCGACAAGCACGACGCCAGUUUUUGAUAUUUUUCCUACAUCGGAACCAUUAAGGAUCAUUUAAUUCUCGGAAACACCCCCGAAUUAACCGUUUUGUUACAUUCCGAACACGAAACGUCCGCAUUUAAAACUGCAAUAGCCAUUUAUUGCGCUAGACCUAAUUAAAUUUUUCAAAUUGAAAUUCUAAAGAACUCGCUUCCCAGUUAUAAAAAUAGAUUCUCCAGUUUCGUUUUGACUUUGAAAUUUAGAAAUUUAAACUUAAAAAAAUAAUUAUAAUAAUAAAUAAUAAUAAUAAUAACGGAUACAGGAUCCAUUCGUUAUGCCGUUUUCUGGAUAUUGAUCGAUUGUGGUGUUGAGAUUCGGGCAUUGACUUCAGACAAAAGCCGGAAACGUGGGUAAAUUUUCGACGAAUAAAGAAUAAUUUCUUUAUUAAAAACUACCGAAAGAAAUUAAUAAAAGAAUAAAAAAAUCUCAGGAAAAUACUAAAGUAUAUAAAAGGAAAAUCUGAUCAUAUUAAUGAUUGUUUUUCCCUCAGUUACUAAGGCCGCAUGAUAGAUUGUAAAAUAGGAUAGGCCUAUGGAGCCAGAAAUUACUCGGUUGCGAUUUCUGUACAGAUAAUUUAAUAUCUGUCAUUCUUUUUUAAUCUAUA